AUGUCUAAAUAUGCUGGAUUAUACUAUGAACAUGUUAUGACUGAUGGCACGAUAAGUGGUAAUACAGUCUCAUAUAAAUUACCGAGAGACUUCAUUGAAUAUCCUGCGUCAAAAGCUCUUGAGAUAAGAAAGAUAAGUCUUGAGCAUCCAGACUUUGAGUUUCUUGCUAUUCCAUUAGAAAUGACAGAUUCAUCAAAAUCAGUGAAAAAAAGGUUUGACAUGAGAUAUUACAUAAAACCCAACAUGACUACACAGGAGUUGAAUGAAGGUCUUAUGGAAAAAAUGACUGAGGCAAGUAGAGAAUUUGUUGAUUGUUACUAUGAUUCAAAUGAAAAUAAAUUGAAUGUAUUAAGAAAAGGUACAUCACCAAUCAUAACAUUACCUUCAUACAGUAGUAUAGAAAAAAAUGCCUUGAAUUAUAAAUAUGACAUGUCCCUAGGAGAUGUGUUGGAUUUCAUCACUGCAUUAUUAGAAACCACUGAAACAGACACAACAUCAAGAAAACCAGAUCUUGUUUGGGAAGAUGACCAUGGUAGAACAUUCACGCAAAAAGUAAUUCCAUCGAAAGCAAAAUUUUUAGACUUAUGGGAAAAAAAUAUAUCUCGCGAAUGCAUGUAUAUUAUAGUUUUACCAUAG